GAAGGACGAUGGCUCCAAGUCCAAACCGGACCYGUACGCCGUGUCGAAGCCUGAUGAAGAGGACGGCUUUGUGGAGAACCCUGAACCCUGUCCCGAGGACUACGCCGAGUUCUGCGAGCACGGACAGUGUGAGCUGAGGCAGAACCUUCCCACCUGCAGGUGUGAGGCGGCGUACGGCGGCUCUCAGUGCGACCAGCUCCUGGACUUCAACAUCCUCUACGUGGUCCCCAGUGGACAGAAGCUGCACUAYGUCCUCAUCGCCGCCAUCAUCGGCGCCGUGCAGAUCGCAGUCAUCGUGGCCGUGGUGAUGUGCUUCACCAGGAGGUGCAACAAGUCGAAGCGUGGCCGCAGACAGAAGCAGCACCUGGGACACUUCCCGUCGGGGACGUCGUCUCGGAUGAUGUAGCUGCUUUUUCUUUGUCCUGCCAGUUUUUUUUAUUUAAUUUAAUUUUUAU